AUGGCCCACUCUCUCCAUUCAGACUCCGGGUCGCAAGUCAUGCCCGACAACAACGCUGAAUUGAUUCGGAGCUACACAGCGGAUGCAGAAGGCUGUACCCCUGACCAGGCUGAGUCCACCAUUUCUAAGCUGCCUGGAUUGUCAAAUCCCCCAAGCUAUGAGGUCUUCUGGGAGCCAAAUGACGCCGAGAACCCCCGUCUCUGGCCACUAUGGUACAAAGGCGUCAGUGUUGUGACGAUGAGUCUUGGGGCAACGGUUGUCAGCCUUUUCAGUACUCUAUACACAUCGGGAAUCUCAGGGUUGGAAGAAGAAUUCCACAUUUCAAGAAUUGUCGGUCUUCUGGGUGUCUUCACAUACCUACUCGGUAUGGCUAUAGGAGGCAUUGUAUCUGCCCCGCUGAGUGAGAUUGUUGGACGGCGACCGGUUUACUUGGUCUCCUUGACUAUUUUCCUCUUGCUGGUUCUUCCAAGUGCCUUGGCUCGAAAUAUUGAAGCCAUCCUAAUCGGCAGAUUCUUCGGCGGUCUAUUCGGCAGCGCGAUCAUGGGGAACUCGCCCGCUUCGGUAAACGACAUUGUCUCUGAUAAACACCGCGCCCUGGCGUUCGGGAUCUGGUCUAUUGGGCCUACAAAUGGUCCUGUAUACGGCCCUAUUAUUGGGGGAUUUGUGUUCCAAUAUUUAGGGUGGAGAUGGACCAACUGGAUUGUCUUAAUCAUCGGUGGUGCCGUUCUCGCCUUGAUGUGCUGCAUCAAGGAAACAUACGCUCCGGUGAUUCUUCGAAAGCGGGCAGCAAGGAUUCGGAAAGAAACAGGAAAUGUCAAAUGGUGGACUCGCUACGACGGUGGCGAGAAACUUUCGAAUCGCCUCCGGACUGGUCUCGGCAGACCGUUUAUCAUGCUAAUGACGGAGCCAAUCUGUAUAUUCUGGGCUUGCUAUGUUGCGAUCGUCUAUGGUGUUCUUUAUCUAUGUUUUGUCGCGUACCCUAUCGCGUUCCAGACUAACCGUGGUUGGUCUCCAGGAAUUGGUGGUCUCUCCUUCGUUGGAAUUGGAGUCGGUGUCCUCAUCGCCAUCGCAUGUGAGCCUUUCUUCCGCAAAGUUAUCAAUGCGCAUCGCAAAGAUACUUUAACCGGGGAGGUGCCCCCGGAAGCGAUGGCUAGCAUUGUUAUUCUCGGCGCAAUACUUCUCGCCAUCGGCCAACUGUGGUUUGCCUGGACUUGCACGCCAAAUAUUCACUGGAUUGUGCCUAUUUUGGCCGGUGUUCCGUUUGGCGCUGGGACCGCUUGUGUUUUCAUCUACGCCAGUAACUAUAUGGCCCGCUCGUACGGUAUCUAUACUGCCUCCGCAUUGUCGGGAAACAUGUUCUCGCGCAGCAUUAUGGGCGCCUGUCUUCCACUUGCAGGUCCAUCAAUGUAUCAGGCGUUGGGGCUAAACUGGGCCAGUACUUUACUGGGCCUUGUCGAGGCGGCUUGUAUUUCCAUUCCGGUUAUCUUCUACAUAUAUGGCCAUAGGAUUCGGAAAGCGAGCCCAAUGAUUCAAGAGAUGGAGAGAACAAAGGGCAAUGGCGAAAAGUGA